AUGAAUAUGAUUGCAACCAACAGGGACAAAAGCUCUUUAAUCGAAGACAAGAAGAAGAUGGGGUUUGGAACAAAAUGUGUAGCAAUUGCGAUUGGUUUGUUGUGGCAGUGGGGUGUUGCUGAAUGCAUUCCCAACACUAACAUCAUCAACGUUCUGUGCAACAGUGGGGUGUACACCUCAGGGGACCCGUUUGGUAUUAGCCUAAGCUAUGUGUUGGGGGACUUAGAGAAGGAAACACCAACACAGAAGAAUUACGAGUACCACAACAUUUCACCUUAUCCUAAUGCCUAUGCCUAUGGACAUGCUUCUUGCAACCUUAACAUCACUUCCUCUGACUGCAAAACAUGUCUUGGCGCUGCUAAAACAGCCUUGUUUAGCACGUGUCAGACACCACGGAUCGGGGCUCGUUCGGUGCUCCAUCAUUGUACAAUCAGGUACGAGCAAUACCCCUUUGACGAUUAG